UUAUCUGUUUGCAUGAUGGCUACCACCGAUGUAAGUGUCGUAGAGAACAGUUUCGCGUCGUCAGAUUACAGCCUCCUUGGCGCAUUCUCGCACCCUUUACCCAUCGAGAUUGUCAUAUCUACCAUUGUAUGGCUCAUGUGCUUUCUGGCGGUGUUUGGUAACAUUCUGAUCUUCGUAGUGAUUCUCAGAGAUAAGCAGCUGAGGUCCAAUGUAGCCAAUAUGUACAUUCUGAACCUUGCCAGCGCAGACUUGUGUGUUGGUAUCAAUUCUCUGACAAUGAACAAUAUUUGGCGAUAUACCGGCAACUGGCCCUUUCAGCGAGCCGUGUGCACCUUCUGGACUGUCGUGGAUUAUUCGGCGUGCAUGCAGGCCGCCUUCGCAGUGACACUCAUCAGUCUUGAUCGUUACUUGUUAGUAACCAAGUAUCUCCAGUAUCGAAAGUACCAGAGCAGGGUUAUGGCAGGGGGCCUCAUAACAUUCACCUGGACCGUCGCGCUGGUAUUCUACGCCAUUCCCAUCCUGGGCAAUGAGUUAUGGCCUAAUGCGAAAGCCUACGGUGUUGUCAGCUACUCGGUAACCUGCGACUUCGGUACGCUGUACAUCCUGCCCUACAACAUCGCCCAGAUAGCCAUUGGUUUCGCUGUGCCUGCAGUUAUCCUGACUUAUCUCAAUGUCAAGGUGUAUUCCAACAUCCUGCAGCGAUCUAAGGGUUUGGUUCGCGUGGCGGUAGCUCCAGCUCAACCCAGUGCCACUACGGAAGGUGGGAACGACCCAGCCCUGCAGCACGGCCCCAACGCUGAUUCAAAAGUGAAUGCGGAGCCGGUGGCGUGGAACACCAAACGGACCUACAAAAAACACCGGAAGGCUGCUAUAACGCUUGCCCUUAUCGUGGGCAUGUUUUCCAUCUGCUGGACCCCCUACUACGUCUUGCAGUUGCUGUUUGUCGUCGACAAGAUCAAGUUUAGCUGGUUGCUGUGGAAUGGUGUCUACUACACUGUAUGGGUCAACUCGGCGAUCAACCCGUUCAUCUAUGCCGCCACUAGUCCCCGAAUCAGGCGGGGUAUUAUCAAAAUCAUCUGCUUUUGGAACACUCGCCUGUUGAGGAAAAUACGCCCACUUUAAGAAAAUUAUAUUGAUUGCUUAAAAAUGUGUUCCCCAUAGAUAACAUUAAUUCCCAAUUUGUACUAUUUUGGGUUUUUUUCUUGCUAUGAAAGCAUGGUUUCCGCAAAUUUCUGUAGAAUUGUGUGGUUGACGUAAACCUGAAGAAACUCUCGGGGAAGAUGAUGACGAAAUAAUUUAUGUGGGAAGCAAAACCCGACAAUGAUAGUCCGGGAAUCCAUCAGACCCAGACAGGAACUGAAAGCCAAAUGCCAGUAACGGCCUUCAUGUGAAUCGAACAUGGAUCUCGCCGGAGGAAGACAUGACAGUUUCUCUUCUAUUCCCUUAGAGCCGACCGACGCCACUAAGCCUAUAUUUAUUGUUUUAGCAUCUUUUCAGGCCAUUUCUUGAGGUAAGAGACUUACAGUC